AAAUUCAAAAAAAGUAAUUAAGAAAUAAUUAGAGCAAAUACAAAACAUUUCAGGAUUUUAAAGAGGAUUUUUUAUAUAGAACUUGCAUUUUGGAAUGGGUCUCGGGACUGGUAGCGGCGAUGCUUGUGGUGAAGGUCGUGGUGAAGGUCAUGGCAAAGGUCAAGGCCAAGGAGAUACAGGAAUUAUUGUCGGAACAUGCUGUCUCAUUAUUGUGGUUGUUAUUCUUGUCCUGGCUUUAUUCGGGCUCAACAUCGCCAAGAUUGUCAUGGGUGCUGUUUACAUUGACGACUGUCCUAUACAAAAACUUAUUCCCAUAUACCUGAUCGUUGGAGGGGUCGCACCAGUUUUUAUGGGGGGUUUAAGUUCUCUAAAGAAAAAGAAUGAUGACCCUGUGGCAGAAGAAGACUUGAAGGAGAAAUGUAAUCUUCUUACUGUAAUAGGACUUAUAGGAGCUUUGUUUAACUUCGCCUGGCUGAUCUGUGGAAGUGUUUGGGUUUUCGGAAACUACUCGGAUGUUAUGGAUGGUUGUGGUGGAUCGAGUGAUUGCUGUGAUGCGUCCCUGAUGAAGUUCGCCCUCGCUGUGACAAUAAUAGACUGGAUAUUUUAUGCUCUCAUAUUGGUGGCGGUGUGUUGUGUAUGCGGAGUGAUAUGCUGCGGAAUGUUCUGCUGCAAAGGCAAAGAAGUAGGUCCAUGAAGAAGGCAAAGAAGUUAGUUCAUAAAGAACACUAUAAACGCUUACGAUUUUUGUGAGCCUGCGACUAUACUCACAAUGAAUAAUGGAAUUAUGGUCCAGAUUAGUCAAAAGGAAGCUAAUGUGCAAGAAACUGUGAAUGUUACUGAACUUACUUUUAACUUUCGUCUUCAUAAGUUGAAAUAGUUUCUGCUGGCAUGGCUUGUUGAAAGCACGAGAUAUUGCUCACCGGGUGUUUUGCCAAAAUCGCCAUUUUACAUUUGUUAUAGGUUGGACACAACUCAAUAUUUUUCUCAACCGCUUUUUCAUACUCGCAUAAUCACGAAUUCACCGCCUAAAAUUUAAAACCGAGUUUUUGUAUUGUUAUUUUUAU